AUAUGUACGUAUUUGUUUACAGAAUUUUCAUAGUUUCAAAAAAUUUGCAGAAAAAAUUCACGAUGAUCUUGAUACUGUACUUGACUUUGCUCCUUGGUGCAAACUCAAUGGCACAAGAAAAAACUGAGGAAGAAGAACCCAUUGGCAUUAGAUUAUCGGCUACUGAAUGGUAUCCGAAUUCUUAUUCAUUAGAGGUCGCUGAACAGCUUAAGCAGUUUGAAGACAUCCGGUGCAAACUCGUAACAUCAGCUGUUAAGUCAGCCCUGUUUAUGAAGAGACUCGGUAAAACCCUGACCGAAGAUGAAAUGCAAAAAGCCUUGCGCAAUUUUGAAUCCUGCAAGGCAUCGUUGUGUCAAAAUACCGCCAUGUUGGAUCAAUUUAUGAAACCUGAAACAUUUCAAGAGCAAAUAGAUAUUUUAAUCGUACAAGUCAAAAUGCCAACAAUAUCGAAGGAAGAUAGAAGACAUCUUUUGAGAGGACUUGUCAAUGCAAAGUAUUGGAGCGAUGUUAACGGACCAUUUCCUGGAUAUGAAGUUGAAUCUAAAGUACAUCAGCAGGACAUGGUUCGCGGUAUCAUUGAAACUACUUGUGGAACGCAAUCAGAUGAUUUGGCCAACUACAUUCGACAAAAUGACAUCACCACAGUAUUUUUAUUUUCGUUGGUGGAUCGUUACACUUCUGGUACAGUCACUGAGCAAGACGCUAAGGACCUAAUCUACGGUGGAACUGACUUUGACAAAAACGACAUUUGGGGGAAAAUUGCUGAUCGAAUAUUUUCUGUGGAUUCAAACUUUGCAUCCACCUGCCUUGACCCGGCACUUGGAUUCUAUGAUGUUGAAAGACCAUCGGUGACAAGAAUUAGAAAAUUUGCCGAAGAUAUGAAUAUCUACUGUGAGAAACCAGAACCACCUGUUAUAUCAAAGUCAGAAGCGUUUGAAGAAGAAGAAAUAAUCAUGAGUGCCGGGCCGCCAUCAUCAAACAACCGCCCGUCGGGUAGCGCCCCAGGUUCACCAGGAUCAUCUGGUUCGUCCACUGGAGGGGCACCAGGAUCUCCCGGUUCUAGCGGUAGCAGUUGGAGACCCUAAAAUCAUUUUUUUUUUGUGUAUUACCGGUUUUUGAUCCAUCUAGUUUUAGACUUUCAAAUUAUUUUUCCUCGUGUAGUUUAGAUUAGCUAUAGUGAUAAUCAAAUGUGUUUAAUUUAAAAUCAAUUACAUUUUGGCACCAACUAAAGCAAAGUUGGAUGAGAAAUUUGAGUUUUUUUCAAUCAGACGCUCUGUAACUUUUUUAAAACAAAAAUUCUUAUAAAAAGCCACUGAGCCUAUCUAUAUUGUUUACGAUUGCCAAUGUAUUUAUCACUAUAUUCUGAUAAUUUGCAUUCAAAUUGCAUUGCAUGGUACGUUGCUGAACAACAUAUGGAGCCUGUAGCCACGGAAUUUUCUACCUAUUAGACGCAAGAGCAGAGUAAAAUUUGUAUAGCUCCAUUGUGCUAAAUUACAGAUGAAAACUUGACAUCCAACGUUCUUAUUCCUAAACUUUCAUAUUGACUUCAGCAAUUUUCAAUUUAUCUGCAGCACGUUUGAGCAAAACACAUUAUAUUGCUACGGCCGAAACCCUGACCAACAGAGUUUGAUUGUGGGGUAAAAAGAAAAUGAUAUUGCACACUUAACUGAAUAAAUUCGACUGGUUGUAGAACUGUACAUUUAGUGUUUUUUUUUUCACAAAAGCUGCGCAGAUUCCAGAUAAUUUCAAAGAAAUUAAGCGUUCAGGGAAGUUCAAAUUGGAAUAUAUAUCCAGCAAGCGGGCACACGCAAAUUCGGCGCAUAAUUUAAGAACCUAGGAGUCAAAACCGAUAUAUUGUAAUUGUAUAUAUUUAGCCUCACAGAUAUUUACACCCGUUAAAAUUACAUGGCUGCUAAUGCUAACGUUGUGCGUAACAAGGCAUGCUAGGACAAUUUUGUCAUUAUUUACUGUUAGCCUCCAACUGACCGUUUACCUAGUAUGAUGAUAGUUUUGGGUAAUAAUAGUAUUUUUCUAACAGUUUUUAAUUUUUUUUGUAAAUUUAACUGCAAUUCUUCACCGAAACAUAGCUGCGAGCGAUUUCUAAUUUUCUGAAAUGUUUUAUGCCUGCACGAUUGUGCAACGCGCUUCUAGAACAUG